AUGAGUCCGGCGGUCCAACCAUCGCUUUCACUAUGGGCGCGAGAUAUAGUUGGUGACCUGAAAUCAGCCCCCGAUACAUUCUCGAGCUGGGACAAAUGUAUGGCGAAGUCUUACUGCAAUGCUGCACAGGUUGUUGCCGGUGCUGUUCAUGCUGCUGUCCUUCUCCUCGAGAUAAAGCCUCGAAGACAAAGUAUCUAG